AUGGGAGACCAAGGAGCACAACAAAUGCAACAGCCUGUCGUUGUGUAUCCAAACGCAUACACUACACAAAAUUCAUAUCCAUCUUCUUCGUCCUCACCAGCUUCUUCUUCCUAUGGCUCACGCGGUUCCUUUGCGACGGUUUUCAUAGUAGUAGCCGUGAUACUUGUCUUGUCGGCUGUGGCUUGUAUCUUUGGGAGGCUAUGCAACCGCAUAAGCCGUGGGGCCAAGCAACAUCAUAGCAAACAGCCAAGGCGCGAGAAAGGGCCAUCUACGAAGAGCCAUGAGAUUCGGCCUGUGGAGUUUGAGCCGAGGGAGAGAGGUGAUUUGGAAUUUGGUGUGGAUAUGAAACAUCAUAGGGAAAUUGAGAACCCCUAUGGAAGAGAGUUUGAGCCGAGGGAGAGAGGUGAUUUGGAGUUUGGUGUGGAUAUGAAACAUCAUAGGGAAAUUGAGAAACCCUAUGGAAGAGAUUACGAAGAUGACAUGGAACUCGGAUUUGAUAACAAGAGAGGAGAAAGAGGCGGAGGAGGUCCACCUCAACAUGGAGUGAGGUUCAAGUUACCUGAAAAUGAAGACGGUCUUCAUGGUAAAGGUGAAAUCAGACAUGGAGGUCCAGAUUUCGAGUUCCGACCAGGACACUAA